CUCCCGCCAGCUGCGGGCAGCGGCCCCGAGCGCGGCCGGAGCAGCGGCAGCCCCGGCGGAGCAGCGGAGCGGGCCGGGCCGGGCCCGCAGCCCCCGCGCAGCAUGGCCGAGCCGCCCGCGGCAGCGCCGGCCCCCGAGGGCGAGGAGGGCCCGGUGCGCUUCGCCCGCAAGGGCGCCCUGCGGCAGAAGAACGUGCACGAGGUGAAGAACCACAAGUUCACGGCGCGGUUCUUCAAGCAGCCCACCUUCUGCAGCCACUGCACCGACUUCAUCUGGGGCUUCGGCAAGCAGGGCUUCCAGUGUCAAGUUUGCUGCUUUGUGGUGCACAAGCGGUGCCAUGAGUUCGUCACCUUCUCGUGCCCCGGUGCUGACAAGGGCCCUGCCUCGGAUGAUCCCCGGAGCAAACACAAAUUUAAAAUCCACACGUACUCCAGCCCCACCUUCUGUGACCACUGCGGGUCGUUGCUGUACGGGCUCAUUCACCAGGGGAUGAAAUGUGACACCUGCAUGAUGAACGUGCACAAGCGCUGCGUGAUGAACGUGCCCAGCCUGUGCGGGACGGACCACACGGAGCGCCGGGGCCGCAUCUACAUCCGCGCCGACAUCGACAAGGACGUGCUCACUGUUGUAGUAAGAGAUGCUAAAAACCUAGUUCCUAUGGACCCUAAUGGCUUGUCAGAUCCCUACGUGAAGCUUAAACUAAUCCCUGACCCCAAAAACGAAAGCAAACAGAAGACCAAAACUAUCAAGUGCUCCCUGAAUCCUGAGUGGAAUGAGACAUUUAAAUUCCAGCUGAAGGAGGCGGACAAGGACAGGAGGUUGUCUGUGGAGAUCUGGGACUGGGAUCUGACCAGCAGGAAUGAUUUCAUGGGCUCCUUGUCCUUCGGGAUCUCUGAGCUGCAGAAGUCGGGAGUGGAUGGAUGGUUCAAGCUGCUCAGCCAGGAGGAGGGCGAGUAUUUCAAUGUCCCGGUGCCUCCUGAGGGAGAAGAAGGAAACGAGGAACUGAGGCAGAAAUUUGAGAGAGCCAAGAUUGGAACGGGCUCCAAGGCUGCGGAUGAGAAGACAAGAAAUGCCAUUUCCAAAUUAGACAACAACGGCAGCCGGGACCGGAUGAAGCUUUCGGAUUUCAACUUCCUGAUGGUGCUGGGAAAAGGAAGCUUUGGGAAGGUGAUGCUGGCCGAGAGGAAGGGCACGGACGAGCUCUACGCCGUGAAGAUCCUGAAGAAGGAUGUGGUGAUCCAGGACGAUGACGUGGAGUGCACGAUGGUGGAAAAGCGCGUCCUGGCUCUCUCGGGGAAGCCUCCGUUCCUGACCCAGCUCCACUCCUGCUUCCAGACCAUGGAUCGCUUGUAUUUUGUGAUGGAGUACGUGAACGGUGGGGACUUGAUGUACCAGAUCCAGCAGGUUGGGAGGUUCAAGGAGCCCCACGCUGUAUUCUACGCAGCAGAAAUAGCCAUCGGGCUCUUCUUCCUGCAGAGCAAAGGCAUCAUUUAUCGGGACCUGAAGCUGGACAAUGUGAUGCUGGACAGCGAGGGGCACAUAAAGAUCGCCGACUUUGGCAUGUGCAAGGAGAACAUCUGGGACGGGGUGACCACCAAGACCUUCUGUGGCACUCCGGACUACAUCGCGCCCGAGAUCAUCGCUUACCAGCCCUACGGGAAGUCUGUGGACUGGUGGGCGUUUGGAGUCCUGCUCUACGAGAUGCUGGCUGGCCAGGCCCCCUUUGAGGGAGAAGAUGAGGAUGAGCUCUUCCAGUCCAUCAUGGAGCACAACGUCGCCUACCCCAAGUCCAUGUCCAAGGAGGCAGUGGCGAUCUGCAAAGGGCUGAUGACCAAGCACCCCGCCAAGCGCCUGGGCUGCGGCCCCGAGGGGGAGCGGGACAUCAAGGAGCACGCGUUCUUCCGCUACAUCGACUGGGACAAGCUGGAGCGCAAGGAGAUCCAGCCCCCGUUCAAGCCAAAGGCUUGCGGACGCAAUGCUGAAAACUUCGACCGGUUUUUCACUCGCCAUCCACCCGUGCUCACUCCUCCCGACCAGGAAGUCGUCGGGAACAUUGACCAGUCAGAAUUCGAAGGAUUUUCCUUUGUUAACUCUGAGUUUUUUAAGCCUCAAGCCAAGAGCUAAGUUGCUGUGCAGAUCUCAUCCCUGCAUCUGUCAUCCGGCUCCAGCUGCUGUUGUGGUGACACAUUCCAUUGCAAAACUUCAUCCGUGGGUCUUCUUUAGUUCCCUGCUAGAGUGACCGUGUUCCAAGUGUCUUCCUGUUAUUUGGGGCAUCACUGGAGGGGAGUGAUGUGCAAGAACUGCUGCAAAUGGGUGUUUGUAACAUUCUGUUUGUAGAAAAUGGGAACAGCUCAGUGGGUGACAGAAUGAAAACAGAGACACGGUGACAACCGGGAGAAAUCCCUUCAUCAUGUGCUUUAAUUCCUGCUCUCUCAUUUUCCUAGUGUUGUAAUAUAAUCAGGAAAUUUUAAUAUUUAGCCUUAGUGGCAAGUCAGUGUUUUUAAUGAAACCAUUGGGAGUUUCUGUCCUCCCUAAAGCUCUGCAGAGCCAAGAUGCUGGUUCUGGCUCUUUUCUGGCUGUGUCCAGCCCCACCAGAGCUCCCCUUCCCUGCACAGAUCCUUUGGGCCGGGUCCCCAGCAGUGGGAUAAGUUAUUCAGGAAGGCAGAGCUGCCAUUGGCAAAGACUUCUCCUGAUUGUGCAGUUUCUAAGUAGCAUUUUUUUAAAAUCAAAGCAAACAUCCAGUGGUAAAUGGGAAAUCUGGAGGAGCUGCUUUUGAAUCCGUGGUCACCCUAGUGAACACCACCAACAUCCGUUCCCUAGCGAAGCUUUUUCUUCUUUUCAAAUGCCAAAGUCAUUGAUGGAGUUUGUUACCUGUGCUUUAAAUGUGUCAAAAAUGGUAUUGACCCGAACGGGAGAUACUUAACUCUGACCAGUAUUGUGAAUUCUGAUAGGAAGCGUGUAGAGAAACUUUCAACCCAUAUUUCUAUCCAUAACAAUUGCAGCUAGGUGUUUAAAUGGCCCGAGUUUUGUUUCUGGCAUCAAAGGAAACAUUUCAGGAACGGUGAAUUCCUCUUGAAAGGACAACAAUCACGCUGCUUCCUUUUAUACCCUUGCAGAUGUUCGUGGGCUGUCACUGUAUCAAUCUGCUUGAUUUGUAAUGUGCCAAUUUAUUUUUUUCUGAUACCGAUGAUAAAAUAAAAAGUGAGAAAACACGCCCCAGAAAGCUGCAUGUGAUUGGCAAUGCUGAGUUUCUGCAGCGCAGCGAGGCCGCUCCUUCCGGCCGCCGGGGCUGGGAGCUGCCCCGGCUGCUGGGGGAUGCUGGAGCCGCGGAUCGUUCUUCCUCUGCCUUCAUCCCCAAACUCCGAGGUGGGAAUCCAGGAGGGAGUGAUUUCCCACAGCCUCCCGCGGCAGCCACGGCUGGGAAGGAGUUUGUGUGGCCGCUCAGGGAUCGAGGGGAGCUCCUUGAGCAGAGCCCACUGCGGCAUCGCCUCGUGCUCCCCGAGACUGCAGCGAGCGCCGGUGACUCAUCCAUCCAUCCAUGCAUCCAUCUGUCCGUCUGUCUGUCCCUGCCCGCUCUCCCAGGAGUGUCUGUGGGCAGCUAAAGAAGGAUUACAGGUUCCUGUCAGCCUCCCUCCUGCUUUGGGACUCCACUUCUGCCAGCCUCUGUGCUCUGGAUGCUGCAAGGUUCUUCCCAGACGUCCCGAACAUCGGU